GUAUUAACUGAAGUUGCCCUUGGGAAUAAUAAAGUUAUUAUAUUAUAUUGUCGAACACCAUACAUUUAAAAAACAACUAGGAAAUGUACUUUAUUCUCACGGAGUGUGAAUCUGGACCAAUGACGUCACUUCACUUCUCCUUGGAUUCUGUUUAGUCGAGAAAAGUUUUCCAGCACGGCGCCUUAGACAUUUUUUUUCUUCCCCUUUUUGACUGACCAUUUCUGCGGAAUAGCCAUCAUGUCUCCCCCAUCAAGAAGGCUUCAAACGAAGCCUGUGAUUACAUGUCUCAAGACCUUUCUUAUUUCUUACAGUCUUAUAUUUUGGUUUACAGGGGUUAUCCUUCUGGCUGUUGGAGUAUGGGGGAAGGUGAGCCUGGAAGCUUAUUUCCAGCUGGCCUCUGAAAAGAGCACCAACGCACCAUAUGUCCUCAUCGGAACUGGAGCCAUCGUCGUCAUUUUUGGCCUGUUUGGUUGCUUCGCUACAUGCCGCGGUAGUCCAUGGAUGCUAAAACUGUAUGCUAUGUUCCUGAUUCUGGUGUUCUUAGCGGAGUUUGUGGCUGGCAUCUCUGGCUUCUUAUUCAGACAUGAGAUAAAGGCUGUAUUAGGUGAUGCCUAUAAAGAUGCUGUGACGAACUACAAUACCACUGACCCCAAAAGCUCUGCAGUUGACACCAUCCAGAGGACUUUGUACUGCUGUGGAGUGAAUAGUUACAAGGACUGGAACACAACAAAGUACUUCAAAGACAAUGGCGUCCCUGUCAGCUGUUGCAAAGCGAACGCGGUCUGCUCUGUCGAGAACCUCAAGGACCUUGACAAGGCUCAUGCCGUGGUGUAUGACACGGGCUGCUUCUCACUGGUGACCACUUUGAUGGAGUCUAACCUGGGAAUAAUUGCAGGGAUAUCUUUUGGAAUUGCGUUCUUCCAGCUCAUUGGGGUAUUCUUGUCCUGCUGCUUGUCUCGAUACAUCACCAACAACCAGUAUGAGAUGGUCUAGCAGUGUCCUUCCACAGGUCACUGACAGGCUGCUUAUGAUACAAAGGGAACUUGCAUAUUUUUAAUCCUUCGUAUACGUGUAAUGGUUAUCUAUGACACUUUAGAGUACACUUGCAGAUUAAAAACAAACAAAAAAAAACACAUUUUUAGACUUCACUUUUCAAUGGCAGCCAGACUGAAGGAAAUAGUUAUUGGACACCAUAAGGGAUUUAUUUCUCCCAUUCUGUCAUCAAUGGGAUAAAGCUUUGCCUUGCUAAGACUAGUGGAAUACAGUUUAUUGUGCUUAAAUGUUCAUUUGGGAUUCACUGACUUUGUUUGAUGCUAUUAUAUAUGACAUAUUGCAAUUGAUUUGGUGAGCUUAAACCAAAUAUUAAUGUAUACGUUAAACGUUCUCAUGCAUGUAAUUUUUUUAUAGUAAAGGCUGCCCUCAUUGUUGUUUUAUGGCAUCUUGUGUUAAUGGUCUUACUGUAGCUUAUGUUAUUUUCAUGAUCGGCGUUACAAUAUUAUAAGCUGGUGACUAAAUAGACCAUCUGGAACACCACAGUAAUUUACACUGUGGAAAACUUCCAGCAAUCCAGCCAUCUCUUCUGUGGAGACUGGGAGAAAAGUAUUCGAAGUAGCCUUUGUGCUGUUGACAAGUAGUUAAUAGAGAAUAGAAAAUUAUACACCAUGAUUUUGUGUGAACGUGAAGGCAUUUUAUGUGAUUUACUGUGUUUAAGUUUGAUAUGUUAAGGUUUUGUGUUCACAAAAAAAAUAUAUAUAUAUAUCCUCAAUUGAAAAUAA